AUGUCCCUCUCGGGCAAAAUCAUCCUCAUCACCGGCGCCUCAAUGGGCAUCGGCGCGGCCAUCGCGCGCCGCCUGGCCCAGGAAUCCGCGACCCUCAUCCUCCUCUCCCGCUCCGCCGACAAGCUCCACGCCCUCGCCUCCUCCCUCCGCGCCGACAUCCCGCACGCCGGCCCCAUCCACGUCGCAGCCGCCGACGUGCGGCAGCACGCGCAGCUCGCCGCCGCCCUCAGCACCAUCCGCGCGCAGCACCUGGCGGACCGGCCGCUCGACGCGCUGAUCAACAACGCCGGCCUCGCGCUCGGCGCGCCCGCGCUGUUCCCGCACCAGAGCAUCGAGCACAUCGCGACGAUGACGGCGACGAACGUCGACGGCGUGCUCUUCGCCGCGCACGCCGCGCUCAACCAGGGCGGCAUGCUAGACGCCGCGCGCGGGACCAUCGUCAACGUCACGUCCGUGACAGGCCUCGAGGUGCCGCCGUUCCCCGGCGAGGCCGUGUACCAUGCGACCAAGGCGGCGCAGGAGGCGUUUACGAAUGCGCUGCGGAAUGAGCUGCGCGAGACGAGCAUUCGCGUGAUUGCGAUCAGGCCCGGGGUGGUGGCGACGAAUUUUCACGAGCAGAGGGUCGGGUACGAUAAGGGGAUGUACGAGGGGUUUGUGGAGGGGUACGAGCCGUUGGUGGCGGAUGAUGUGGCCGAGGCGGUGGCGUGGGUGUUGGAGAGGCCGGAGAGGGUGGCGGUCAAGGCGUUGGAUGUGGUGCCGACGGCGCAGAGGAGUUUGCAGGUUUUUGAUCGGAAGUGGAAUGAGAGGAAUGGGGUUUGA